AUGACCAACAUUUCCAAGACCAAACCCAUUUCCGUCCUUCCACGGCCAACAUGGUUGGACAAGGCCGGCAUGAGCAAAGGCAUCGAUCACGACCGCCAACACCUGGGCAUCGUUCUUGCUUCCGGUCAAGUCAUCAAGGCUCGCCAAACCAACUCCGCCUUCACUGGAAAAGCCCGCCUGCGCCUACUCAACAAUGACGCCCAUACUGAAACAUACAAGGAGUUCGGCAAGGACUGGGUUGAUCUCAGUGUGAAUGCUGUUUCGGUGCCAUUCAUCGACACUCCUUAUACCAGCGUGGCUCCUGUGGUGGAAUAUCAAUUUCCGUCCAACUCUAAGAGGCUACCGGUCUACCGCAAGGGCGAGGAUCAAAGUGCUUUUUUCAAAGAGUGGGAGAGCCAAAAUGCCGAAUUCGGAUUGAUCGAGGCCGAGUUCGUGGUCAUUCUGAUCCCAGUGGCUGAUAAGGACAAGUUGAAGUCCAUGAAGGAGGUAAAAAACAUUGAUGGAUUGAUCGAUUACUAUGAGUCGGUCUUCAGUUUCUACAAUGCUUUAACCGGUGUGUCAUUCGAACCCGAGCGUCCUACCGAUUUGAACCCCAGGAACCGCUACUUCAUGAAAGCGGACAAACACGGUGCCGGUGGUGCUUAUUAUGGUGGCAGUUGGACGGCUGAAUCGUCUUCUUCGGUCAGUGGCUUCUGGCUUACGCCGAUCCCUUCGAAUUGGGGAAGCCUGCAUGAGAUCGGCCACGGAUAUCAGGGUGGCUUUAUGUCAGAUAGGUAUCUCGGGACCGGCGAGGUUUGGAAUAACAUAUACGCCGCCAGCUACCAGAGCGUCAUGCUGGGUGACCGCAAAUAUAAAGAAGGAUGGCUGUAUAACUACGGAAAACAGGCGGCUGUCGAGAAAGGUAUCGUGGACUACAUCACCGCAGGAAAGGCCGUUAACAGCUGGGAUUUGCGCUCGAAGCUAUACUUCCUGGUAACAAUGAUAGAAGCGGCGGGCCUAGACACUUUUACCCACUUCAAUCAGCAAUAUCGGUCGAAUGUCAACACACCAGGAUAUGUCCGGGGUGAUCAUGCACUACUUGAUAUGCUCUCGGAGAGUUUUGCCACGGUGGGCCAACAGGUGGAUGUGACUCCGUUCGUUGACCUAGUUGGCGGGCACAUCACACCAGCACAGAAGCAAUCCAACCUUUAUAGCCAUGCCAAAGCGGUCUACCCGCUCAACCAGCUGGUGCAAGGCGAUACGUUGACGACACUGCAGAAAGAGUUGAAAUUGGGAAGCGCUCUCGCCUUGGUAAGCGUGCAGCAGCUGCAGGCAAGCGGCCUCAAAGAAGACGUGAAGCUCCAAUUCCAGAUCGACGAUUUUGUUCAGAUUUAUGGGCAAACUCUUGUUUUAAUGGACGGCGCGCGCAUCGCACACAAAGUCGUUAUCCAGAGUCAGGAAAUGGUCCUACAUGGUUUAACGAUCGGUGUUUAUACCUUGCGCCUACCAACCGGUAGAGACAAGAAAUAUCAGCCACAAUUGGGGUAUCUGGUUGUAAAGCAGACACCAGCAAGUCAUAGGCCAAUGCAACAAAAGGUGCAAUUUGUUCGACAGACGAAAUCGCCCUUGCCGUCGCAAACCAUUACCCUGCUUGGGCUUGGGGAUGAUGUAUUUGGUAACGUCCUCGUGGAUCAGCUCAAUGGCGUUAUUCAAGUAAACGUGACUAGCACCACGCCACAUUCAUACUUCCCGGAUCAAACCUAUGCGGAAGUAGUGAUCAAAGACGAGAACGGCAAGGAGAAGUUCCGCAAAACGAUUCCAGGUACACAUGCCACAAUUAGCCACGAUAAAAUACCUUUUUCAGCGGGAUAUGAGCUCGAUGUCUUCCAUAAGGAGCCCGGCCAUCGUAUCCAGUUGUCUCCGGCCUUUGACGGCGUCAUCGAUCAUAAAUCGCAGAAUAACAACUUCGAAGUUACAAGCACCGGGCUGAAGAACAAGACGCUGAAAAAUGACCCGAACCAGGCAUUGCUGGCGGAGAUCAAGCGAGUUGCAACAGGGUUGCGAGCAGACUACAUCAUGCUCCACGCUGAAUGCUUAGCUAAGGUUGAUAUAGUCCUGGCUAUCAACCUCUUCCCCAGUCCGCAACGCGAACAACUGCUAAAGGAUUAUGCCGAUUGCGUUCCGGCCGACAACAAACCGGCCACGGAAGGGCUAGGCAACGCCUUCACAUUCGGCUUCAACGGCAUUAGCGAUCACCGAUUCCUCACCGCAGAACUGGACUUGGCUGGCAAAACACUCAACGUGAGCCUGGCAGCGGGCAUUGCACACCACUACUUCUCCGACACGUACGCGUCGCUGCGCUACGUCGAUGCCGACGGCAACGAAAAGCUGAACCUCGAUGUCAAAGGCGCCACGACUCAGAAGGCGCAGAAGUGGGCUUUCGAAAUCUCUGGCUACGGAGGCGAGUUGUUGUAUAUCCGCCAUGAGGAAGCACCGAGCCGGUUGAUUAUUACAAACAAGUUGCAGAAUCGGCGGUUGGGGAGCCGGGACACUCGGCAGAACUAUCGCAUCUUGCCAACGGGGGUCGAGCACGUUUGA